AUGACUCUCCUUGCAGCGAGGCGAGUAACAGGCCGAGUCUGGACCUCGGCCGACCGUUAUAGCUCCGCCCUUCUUCGAGCGCGAUACUACAGUUCCGACCCUGCGUUACCCAAUGGCCAGUCGACGGCGAAGAAGCAGCCACAGUUCCACGAUUACUUCGUGACACAUCUGCCCUCGUCCUCCCUCCACCCAGAUCCUCGUGGUCCAUCCUCUCCGUUCCAUAAGCUACCUCGCUCCGCCUCCGUACCGCAUACCGGAGAUACGCCGCAGUCGCCAGCUUCUGCCUCGGCUUCAUACCAAGCAUUAAUAGAUCGCGAGACAACCGUUGUCCGUAUUCCACUUCGCAGCGCGAAGCACCAUUUCGGCGCCGUUACCGCCCGUGGCACCCGCCCUGCCAAUGAAGACACAUACCAAGCUGGUGUCAUUGAUAUUCCGGCCUUUGCCAAGCGGCCUCCAACGUCGCUGACUAUCCGACGGCGGAAUAACGGAGAUCCUUUGCCCAAGCCGCGCGAGUCGCGGGCUGCGGAGACAGCUAGCGGUGAUCCGCAAGUCUUCUAUUUCGGUGUCUUUGACGGCCAUGGCGGAGUUGAUUGCAGUGCGUUCUUGAGGGACUACUUGCACGAAUAUAUCCAGGAAGCAGCGGUAGAUAUCGAUCUCAAGUCCAGCCUCCAGCUUGGCGCGGAAAUGCCACCUUCCAACAGCGAGCUACCUGUCAUGCAAGAAGGCAACCGGAACAAACUCGGAGAUCUGGAGAAGAGCCUUGUACAAAAUUGGAGACGCAUAGUGGGUGGUUACUUCAAGCGAUUCAAGCCGCCUCAUUUCUCCUAUCAUGGCCUCGAAUCUGAUGACCCCAGCAUCUCAAACCACGUUUCCAUCGAAGAAGUCAUGGAAUACGCCUUCCUCCGCGCAGACCUCGACUUCAUCAAAGCGCAAGCUUCCAAACGAGCCGAUGACCUUGUCCAAGCCGAGAGACCUCUAAACGAUGAUGAAAUCUUCCACCGACCCAGCAUGACCCGUUCCCCCAAAAUCGGCGGACCCAAUCGAUUCAAGGGCGGCAGCACAGGGAGCGUCGCCAUGAUUUCAACACCCACCCCUACCCCAUUCUGGCACCCCGUCGGACCCUCAAGUCUCCUAGUAGCCCACGUCGGCGACACCCGUAUGCUCCUCUGCUCAACAACAACAGGCGAAGCAAUCCCAGUAACAUCAAACCACCACCCCUCCUCACCAAUCGAAGCAAGCCGACUCCGCCGCUAUGCAGCAACCUUCGUAACAGACUCCUUCGGUGAAGAGCGCAUGAGCGGGCUAGCCAACACGCGCGCCUUCGGCGACAUGCAAUCCAAGCGCAUCGGCGUCUCCGCCGAACCAGAACUUAAACGCAUUGAAAUGGGACCCGCAGAGUUCUCUUUCUUGGUUAUGGUCUCCGAUGGUAUCAGUGGUACCCUUCUUGACCAGGAGAUUGUGGAUAUCGUCAAGGAAUCCAGGACGCCUGAGCAGGGCGCGCGCGACGUGGUCAAUUUCUCCACUGAGGUUACUAAGGAGGGUGACAACGCUACUUGUCUUGUUAUUCGUCUUGGCGGUUGGGAGAGAAGGCUCGAGGGUGGUGUUGGGAGUUUGGGGACUAAGGAGUCUCGUGAGUGGCGUCGUCAGGAUGCUACUGAUCCGCGCAGGUCACGGACGUGA